UAUACAGCGUUGCGCAUGCGCCCAUUGCGUUCCUCUUCCAGAACUGGCAAAAUGGCCGAGAACGCCGCAGUUACCAUCCGCACGCGGAAGUUUAUUACCAACCGCUUGCUUCAACGCAAGCAAAUGGUUGUGGAUGUCAUCCACCCCAACAAGCCCAAUGUUUCCAAGGCUGACCUGAGAGAAAAGCUUGGAAAGAUGUACAAAUCCCCAUCAGACUCAGUGUUUGUCUUUGGAUUCAAAACUGCGUAUGGUGGUGGACGAUCAACCGGAUUCGCCCUCAUCUAUGACAAUUUGGCUAUCGCCAAGAAGUUCGAGCCUAAGUACAGACUCCUCCGUCACGGAAUCGGUGCUAAGCGCACAGCCAGCCGUAAGCAACGUAAGGAGAAGAAGCACAGGCAGAUGAAGGUCCGUGGUACAAAGAAGGCCAAGGUUGGCGCUGGAAAGAAGAAGUGUGCACCCGACCCAGUACACGUAGGCAUGGUAUUGGGCGAUAAAAUAUGGCCCUGGUAUAUCUAUUUUUAUGCAGAUUUUGGGCUGUGCUUGGAUAGUAUUGUGUUAUAUAUUUGUUCAUUUUAGGUAAAUAAAAUUACUGUAGUGUCCAGUAUAAAAGCAUGGUUUGUAUAGAAUCAUUACUCGAAUAGAAGCCAAUGUUCCAAGCACGUUGUGACACAGAAGCACGACAAUGACAUAUGCACGUACUUGCACAUUACAUGCGUGGCAGUAUGCACUGCACGUUGUACACUGAUGAUAUUGACGUAGAAGUAUGGUUUGAACCCCGGCUUAUAUUCCGUGGGCACCUGCUUUUAUACGCGACAUUACGGCAUAGCCCACUCACUGCCGACUGUUGAAAACUCAAUCCCUGUGGAUCAAUGCAGUAUGCAUUCACUAAAUUAUUCUAAACAUGCUAUUUUUGCCGGACCGUUGCUUAUGGGGGCUCAGCAUCUUCAGCAAGACCCGGGCUAUCGAUUUCAGCGCCACAUUCACUUCUUGGAGGGGAAUUGGUACACUACAAAGCUAGUGUAUGAAUUCAAAUGCACGAUCAAAUCUGAGUUGCCUUCGCCCUAAGAGUAACCCUGACAUGUUCUCUUCUGCGUAUGUCUAUUGGGGUCUUUGGGUUUGAGGCUUUCAACUAUGACUGGUACUUGGGACAGAUCGCUUUGCGCAUAUCUGUUUCAGAUUGAGAAGUCUUUAGCCCGUCGUGCUGCACACAUAACCGGCGCUUGGUUUUAUAACAUUUCAGAGAAUUUGUUCUAGAAAUUUGUGUGCGCUAGCCUUGUGCGUCUAUUUGUGGGCACACCUUUCGGUGUGCAAUCUCCAGAUAUUCAAUUCCUUCUCUGUCACUGUAUUAUGCUGAUCUCUCUUUGUUCUGCUAUGUUUGUGUUUUGAAAUCUGCAGUGAGCACCCUGCUAUGACAUCCACCAUCUUUUGUUAAUAAACUGUUCACUGGAAAUGGUCAA